ACCGUAUGGGCAGAUAAAUUCACAGUAGUAGACUGGACUAAAGCAGGAAAACUGUCUAGAUCUGUUUCAGCCAGGGUUAAUUCAAUUCUUUUCAGGUACUCGAUUUAGUGGCCCGGUACGGAACAACUGAUUCCCAACGAAGCGUAAACAGCCCUGUGAUCAGUGAAGCAUGUGUUUUUUGCAGCCUGACAAUUCGCCAUGUGCUACAGUGACUGAAAGAAGUAUGACAAGACCAGAUCCUGCUUCAUCACACAGUAAAAUGCCCUCUUUGUUCAGGUAUUUAGUGAGACAGAUUUGUUUGGACAGACAGAAUUUUGAUCCAUCCUUAGUCUUCUGUGACGUUAUGCAUGAUUUAACCAGAAUUAUCCGUGCACCACAUCGCAAACCUGGGAGGAGACCUUCUAACGGCACGCCGUAGUGUUAUACUAACGGGUAUCGGAUACGCUCGCAGUUCAGCCUAUCUCUCUCUAACCUGGUCCGCACCAUGAUCGUGUACUUAUUCUUGUCCGGCCAGAUACACAAGUCUUUUUAAUGUAUGCCAUAGCGGACAAUUAAUCACCCCUUCCAGCCAUUUGGUUCAUACAUGUGGGCAGUAAAUGGGAACAGUGGACGUGGUCGUGACUGACCUUGUGCGUGAGCCAAAAGAUGACAACAUUAAUGCGGGCUGAUAAUAUAGAGUACCCUCAUGAAAAAGAUGGCCUGGUUUUUAUUUCCACCCUGAGUUUAAGUCCUAGUGAAAAAUGAGCAACGGCAGUACAGAUCGAGUUCUCGCUUAGGGCAAAAGGUACAUUUGUAGAAGAUACAAAACAGAUGGCGAUAUAGUCGGGCAACACAUAAUCUGUAAUAAUGCCGUUCGGAGUCCUAAGCACGAUCCGAUUCAAAAGCUCCACGAAGCAGGACGAAGGGUGGGCCUGGGUGAUUCUUAUUGCGGCUACUCUAAACUCCUUUGUGGCGUUGGGAUCCGCACUCGGAUGUGGGGUGUAUGUCUCCGAAGUUAUCCAACGAUGGAACUCGAGCAAGGCCACCGGGGCAUUUGUAGGAUCUCUUCUGUUCGGCAUGUUCUCAUCCUCUGGUCCUCUGACGACAGUCCUUGUGACUAGGACAUCUCACAGAACGGCAAUUAUAAUGGGAGGGUUGUUGUCUGCUCUAGGUCUUGUGGCCUCCGCCAAUGUCCCAAAUAUUGUCGGCUUUUACUUUACCUUUGGCAUUAUGUCAGGAAUCGGCUGUGGAAUGAUUUUUCUGCAGUCUGUUAUGCUGGUUAAUCUUUAUUUCAAAAGAUACCGCGGCAUAGCCUCUGGGAUUACGAUAGCAGGAGGAGGCGGUGGGGUUCUAGCGAUGCCGCUUCUUGAAAGGAUGUUGAUCGAGCAUUUUUCCUGGCAGCCUUCUCUUUACAUCGUUGCGGGAAUGUGCCUUAACACUUGUGUACUCGGUGCCCUUAUGAGACCAAUACAUGUUAAGAACAUCGAGUCAAAGUCCAGCAGUUUGGAGGCUGAUAGAGAUCGCGUGAAGGAAGCUGAUUCUCUGACGGAAUCUGAAACAGAUGAAAACUGUUACGCUAGAGAAGACGAUAGCUUGCUGAAAAAUAGGACUUACAUAUGCUAUGCUGUGAAUAAUACUUUGUAUGGAUUUGGUUGUACCAUACCAAUUAUACUAGGGCCGGAUUUGUACGCUGAGACAGGUUUUACAGGGGCUCGAAUAGAUAUUCUUAUUGCCUGCUUUGGCGCUGGCAAUAUACUCGGGCGUCUGGUUGGAGGUGUUCUAUGUAACAUACCUGCAUUGGACAGACUGGCAUUAUAUGUCGUAUUAAACAUUCUUCUUGGUAUGUUUAUUGGACUCUACACAUUGUCAGAUGACUUUGUUUUAUAUGCAUUUGCUUCUGCUGGUUACGGACUUAUCUUUGGUGCAUUUAUUGUUACACAAGCCGUAGUGACAAUGGACAUUGUGGGACGAAGGAAAAUGGAACAAGCAUUCUCUUUUGCUUAUUUCACCUGCAGUCUUGGCAUUAUAAUUGGCGCACCAUUGUCAGGGUCUUUGUUUGACUUGACGAAGAGCUACAAGGGGCCAUAUUUGGUCGCCGCCAUAGUUGUGAUAUCUUCUUCAGCAAUUCUCAUACCGUCUUUAUUGUCCGGAAAUGGGUGCGUUGGACGGUUGCGACGGCAACGUCUGCUAGCAGUGUCACAAAUUAUCAUCGAUCCUCCAACGUGCAGCAAUGGGGAUGCAGUCAGGGACACCGCCACCAGUGUAAAGGGCAAUAUUGAAAAUGUGAUGGAUGUUUCAGUCAAAGAAACAGCAUAACAUAGGCUUGUGUUCUCUGACCAAGACCCUUGUUCUCAAUCAAGUGCACACUGAAGCACGGUUAUUUGUUAAUUGUUUAUAUUGCUGUUUUUUUAUACAUAUAUAUUUUUAAGAAAGCUCAAGAAUCAAUGCAUUUCCGUCUAGAUUAAAUAAUGGCCUAAGGUGAACAAAUGAGAGAUUGAUGACAUGCAUUUGCUUCUGCAAUUGGUCAGCUUCGGGAUUUCCUGAAGGUCCCAGUCCCUAGUCUUUUACUCUUGUACUUUGCCAUGCCAUUUUGUGUGUUCUGAAUGCCACAAUAAACAUCUUUUCUGGGUCGAAACAAUUAACAAUAUGUGCCACUGCCCACCUCGGAGCGGGACCCUAAUAAUGGACAGUGGCGACAGUUCACUUAAAAAACAUUUGGCAUCAACUAUAUGUUGGAUGUGCUAUUAAUGGAAACAAAUAAUGCUCAAAGACAUCAUU